GAACAGGAUGUAAGCCCCGGCGACAGCGGGGGAGGGGAAACCCCGGGCGACCGCCCCCCGCCUCACAGCUGGACCGGACUCUCCCGCCCCAGAUGUGGCGCCGCCGCCGUCACACGAGCCCCGUGUCACCCAGCCAGGAGCUCGAGAGGUCCAGAGGCUCGGACCCGGGCGUCCGGAAUUUCUGCACCGCAUCCUGAGAGACCCCGAGGUCCAGGCCCCGGCGCUCAGGCUGGAGGACUUGAGCCAUCCAGGUGCGCAGCGCCCCCUCCUGGAGCAGCCGGGAGCCCGGACGUCACCCCGGGGGACCCUGGAGGCCGAGCGCCCCGUAUUCCCGGUUUCAAGAACUCAGGAUCCAGGACCGUAGACUCCCUCCAGGGCUCCGAUUCCAAGACCCCGCGUUGGAGGAACUUGAGAUCCGGACUUCUAAGCGCCCCAACCAGUUUUGAGCUGCAGCGUCCAUCACUUCAAGGGGACCCAGGACUUUGGGACCCCCCUGUGCUCCUACCUGGAGGGAGUUUCAUUCCUGCCCCUGGAAUUAGGGGAACUCAGAAAUCCACCCCCCACCCACGGCCCUACCUAGAAGACUCAGGAAUGUGGGUCCCCAGCGCCCCCAUCUGAGGCUCCAGAGUCGAGGCUCCUAGCAUCCCCUACUUAGAACACCGAUAAAUUCCGACUGCGGGACCCCAGUCUCCGAGAGACCCCAGAUUCUAUUCCUGGAGCCUGAGAGCCCGAAGUUCACGCCCCUGAGUCUGGGCUCCGCACCUCCCCGGGGACCGCGUCGGGGUCGCGCAGGAGCCGGGCUGCCUCGGGCCGGGGCUUGAGGCUCCCCGGGAGGACUCUGCUGGGCCGCUCAGCCAUGCCAGAGGGAGCCCAAGGACUGAGCCUCUCCAAACCUAGCCCAAGCCUCGGGUGUGGCCGAAGAGGUGAAGUGUGUGGCUGUGGCACCGUGUGUGAGACUCGGACAGCUCCUGCAGCCCCCACCAUGACCUCCCCCCGAGGUUCUGGGAGCUCCACAUCCCUGAGCACAGUGGGCUCUGAGGGGGAUCCAGCCCCGGGACCCACUCCAGCCUGCUCAGUCUCCAGGCCAGAGCCCCUUCCAGGGCCCCCCAUCCGCCUCCAUCUCUCUCCGGUGGGGAUCCCAGGUUCAGCCAAACCCUCAAGGCUGGAGCGUGUGGCCCGGGAGAUCGUGGAGACAGAGCGGGCCUAUGUCAGAGACCUCCGCAGCAUCGUGGAAGACUACCUGAGCCCUCUGCUGGACGGCGGGGUCCUAGGGCUGAGCGUGGAGCAGGUGGGCACGCUGUUUGCCAACAUUGAGGACAUCUACGAGUUCAGCAGCGAGCUCCUGGAGGACUUGGAGAACAGCAGCAGCGCCGGGGGCAUUGCCGAGUGCUUCGUGCAGAGGAGCGAGGAUUUUGACAUCUACACAUUGUACUGCAUGAACUACCCGAGCUCCCUGGCCCUGCUCCGGGAGCUGUCGUUGUCUCCACCAGCAGCGCUGUGGCUGCAGGAGCGCCAGGCCCAGCUUCGCCACUCACUGCCCCUGCAGAGCUUCCUGCUGAAACCUGUCCAGCGCAUCCUCAAGUACCAUCUGCUGCUGCAGGAACUAGGGAAGCACUGGGCGGAGGGCCCAGGCGCUGGGGGCCGCGAGAUGGUGGAGGAAGCUAUUGUGUCCAUGACAGCGGUUGCCUGGUACAUCAACGACAUGAAGCGCAAGCAGGAGCAUGCGGCGCGCCUCCAGGAAGUGCAGCGGCGGCUGGGUGGCUGGACUGGCCCGGAACUCAGUGCUUUUGGGGAGCUGGUGCUGGAGGGCGCGUUCCGAGGAGGUGGAGGGGGCGGCCCCCGGUUACGAGGGGGUGAGCGGCUGCUCUUCCUGUUCUCUCGGAUGCUCCUGGUGGCCAAGCGCAGGGGGCUGGAGUACACCUACAAAGGCCACAUAUUCUGCUGCAACCUGAGCGUGAGCGAGAGUCCCCGAGACCCUCUAGGGUUCAAGGUGUCUGAUCUGACCAUUCCCAAGCACAGACACCUGCUCCAGGCCAAGAACCAAGAAGAGAAGAGGCUGUGGAUUCACUGUCUCCAGCGCCUCUUCUUUGAGAACCACCCCGCCUCCAUCCCUGCCAAGGCAAAGCAAGUUCUCCUUGAAAACAGCCUGCAUUGUGCCCCCAAAAGUAAGCCUGUCCCAGAGCCCCUGACACCCCCACUUGGGUCUCCUCGACCUCGAGAUGCUAGAAGUUUUACCCCUGGGCGAAGGAACACAGCUCCAUCUCCUGGGCCCUCUGUGAUUCGCCGAGGCCGCAGGCAGUCUGAGCCGGUGAAGGACCCUUAUGUCAUGUUCCCACAGAACGCUAAGCAUGGAUUCAAGCCGUCCACACAUGACAUUCCCAAGUUUUCCGGAGACUCCCAGGUGCCUGGCGACAGCGAAACCCUCACAUUCCAAGCCCUGCCCAGCCGGGACUCUUCUGAAGAGGAGGAGGAGGAGGAGGAGGAAGGACUGGAGAUGGAUGAACGGGGGCCUUCCCCACUCCAUGUCCUGGAGGGGCUUGAAAGUUCCAGUGCAGCUGAAAUGCCCAACAUUCCCUGCCUUACCAAAAUUCCUGACGUGCCCAACCUUCCUGAAAUUCCCAGCCGCUGUGAAAUUCCCGAAGGUCCCCUCCUUCCUAGUCUCUCUGACAUUUCUGGUGUUUUUGAGAUGCCCUGCCUUCCAGCCAUGCCUAGUGUCCCCGACACCCCCAGUCUUUCUAGCACUCCCACCCUCCCCUGUGACUCCUGGCUCCAGGGGCCUCUGCAGGAACCAGUUGAGGCUCCAGCCACCAGGAGAGAACUGUUCUCUGGAAGCAAUCCUGGGAAACUGGGAGAGUCGCCCUCAGGAGGCAAGGCAGGGCCAGAGGAGGAUGAAGAAGGGGUAUCAUUCCCGGACUUCCAGCCCCAGGAUGUCACCCAACAUCAGGGAUUCCCAGAUGAGCUGGCAUUCCGCUCUUGCUCAGAAAUCCGGAGUGCCUGGCAGGCAUUGGAGCAGGGGCAGCUGGCCCGGCCGGGCUUCCCAGAGCCACUGCUGAUCCUGGAGGAUUCAGAUCUGGGUGGAGACAGCGGGAGUGGGAAGGCUGGAGCCCCGAGUUCGGAAAGGACAGCAUCCCGAGUGCGAGAGCUGGCCCGGCUUUACAGUGAGCGGAUCCAGCAGAUGCAGCGGGCGGAGACUCGGGCAUCAGCCAAUGCCCCCCGCCGCCGGCCUCGGGUUCUGGCCCAACCCCAGCCGUCCCCCUGUCUGCCCCAGGAGCAGGUGGAGCCAGGGCUCCUGCCUGCCUUUGGACACGUGCUGGUGUGUGAGUUGGCCUUCCCGCUGACAUGUGCCCAGGAGUCUGUCCCCCUGGGUCCUGCUGCCUGGGUUCAAGCUGCCAUACCUUUGUCGAAGCAGGGAGGCAGCCCAGAUAGCCAGGGUCUACAUGUUUCAAAUUUGCCUAAGCAAGACCAUCCAGGCAUCCACGUUUCAGCUGCUACCCUUCUGCCUGAACAAGGAGGUUCCCAGCAUGUCCAGGCUCCAGCCGCUACACCUUUGCCCAAGCAGGAAUGCCCCCUACACCUCCAGGUGCCAGCUCUUACAACUUUCCCUGAUCCAGGCCACCCGGAAACCCAAGUUCCAGCUACCACUCCUUUGCCCGAGCAUAGAAGUCACGUGGCUAUACCAGCUCCAUCCACCGCCUUUUGUCCUGAGCAGGGACACUGUGUGGACAUCCACGUUCCCACCACUCCAGCUUUGCCCGAGGAGAUUUGUUCUGAUUUCACAGUUUCAGCCACCACUCCUGUGCCCAAGCAAGAAGGUCACCUAGACAGCGAGAGCUCAACCAAUUUCUCACUAACAAAGCAAGGAGGUUCCAGGGAUGUUCCGGGCCCAGACCCUGUCUGCAGUCAACCCGUCCCGCCUUUGUCUUUGCAUGGAAGCAGCCUGGACCCCCAGGGCCCAGGCGACACCCCACCGCCCUUGCCAUGUCAUCUCCCAGACCUUCAGAUUCCAGGCACCUCACCUUUGCCUGCACACGGAAGCCACCUGGACCAUCGGAUCCCAGCCAACGCCCCACUGUCUCUGUCCCAGGACCUCCCAGACACUCGGGUACCAGCUACCACACCUUUGCCCCUGCCACAAGGCCUCACAGACAUCUGGGUCCAAGCCCUCCCAACUUCACCCAAGCAGGGAAGCCUCCCAGACAUCCAGGGUCCAGCGGCUACACCUCCACUUCAGGAGCCAAGCCUUACAGACACACAGGUCCAAAAACUCACACCUUUGUUGGAACAGAAGAGCCUCACAGAUGCCCAUGAUCCAGCUGCCACACCUUUACCUGAGAGAGGAGGCUCUCUAGACAUUCCGGGCCUCUUACCCACCCCAUGUCAGACCACCAACCCAGGAGGCUCCUUAGCCUCUCAUGUUGCCAGGUUGGAGUCUUCAGACUUGACCCCACCUCAUAGUCCCCCACCUUCCAGCCGUCAGCUCCUGGGCCCCAAUGCAGCUGCCCUCUCCAGAUACCUGGCAGCCUCAUAUAUCAGCCAGAGCCUGGCUCGGCGGCAGGGGCCUGGGGGAGGGGCCCCCGCAGCCUCCCGGGGCCCCUGGUCCGCCUCUGCUCCCGCGUCACGGGCAUCUUCACCGCCCCCCCAGCCCCAGCCACCACCUCCCCCAGCCAGGCGGCUCAGCUAUGCCACGACGGUUAAUAUCCACGUGGGUGGGGGUGGGCGGCUGCGGCCAGCCAAGGCCCAGGUCCGGUUGAACCACCCUGCUCUCUUGGCCUCCACACAGGAAUCUAUGGGCCUUCGCAGGGCCCAGGGGGCUCCUGAUGCCCGCUUCCAUAUGUGAGCCAGGACAUGAGACUUCCCCAAAGCAAGGACUUCAGCCAGAUGCCACAGACCCUCAGAACUUGACCCGGAAGUCCAGACACUGAACGCAGGCCUCAAAACUGCUGCGGCUUUCCAGCUCCUGGUUUCUGCGUCGGCGAAUGGCCCUUCUUGCCUUGAUCCACAGGGAUGGGGAAGGGAAUGUCAUCAAUGUUUUGUUAAUACUGAUUGUUUCAUGCGAUGAUGUGUAUUUUCCCAUUCUGGAGGCUGUGGGGGAUGACAAGACAAUGAAUGGGAAGGUCUAACACAGAACAAACCAGUGGUUCUGAACACUUGGGGAAUCUCAGACUCCUUUGAGAAUUAUUGGAAAAUGGAUCCACUAUAAUUUGGA